AAAGUUAAUGUUUCCAAAGCUUGGAGAUUUUUUAAAGAUUAAGAGUGUAUUUUUAGCUAUAUAUUCUAAGGCUAAUUCAGUUUGAUGAGCAUCUUCACAGCUACACUGUAACUUGUGAUGACACCAACACUGUCAGCUGUUACACACUUGAUAGUUUGCAUGAUUAUCAUCCUGUUUUUUCAGAAUGUACAGCCUCCUUGUCUUAUCAAUACCAAUGAAGCAUAUAUACCUUUAGAAAGCUCUGCAUCUACAUAUACUGAUGUAAGACAGUCUAUUGAACCAACAACAACAAUCACAACAGAUCAAAUAAGUUUUAAUGUUGUCAGCAGUUCUUCUAGUAAAAGAUAGUAACUGCUAUCCCAAUACAGAGAAAAAAAAGGCUUUAGCACUAGAAGUGAUAAACCGCUUUCCAACCUUAAGAAGUGGUAAUGGUGAUGGUUAUGAUGCUUACUUCAGACAGUAUGUUGAAGUAUUACGAAACGGAAAAGUUAAAAAAUAUUCCCCAUCAGGCUAUAUUGAAGAGCGUUUGAAAACGCUGAGAAAACAACUGCCAAUUACUGACAAGCCACACAAGCCGCAUCAGAAGCGCCUAAGAACAGAUGCAGUUGAUCUAGUCAAUGGACCCAUAACAGAGUAUUUUACAGAAGAUGAAAGGGUGCUCACCCAUGAACUUUUAAACAAGACACCUAACGAGAAUCGCAUAAAAAUUAUUAUGGCAUCAACUUAUGAAAGUCGCAGUCUCUGGGUGAGGGAAGGAAGACCUUCCAUAAAAACAUUUUUUUCAUCAUUUCCCCCAUUAAGAAAUAUUUACUCAUCUGCGUUUGAAGAGGAAUUCUGCAGAAGUGCACCCAACAGCAAACGGUAAGUGGAUGGGCUGGGAGACUGUUUUUCACGGAUCCUUUUGUAUGCCAAAGGAAAACGCAAAGGGUUGUCAACCGAUCUUACAAUAUUACUUGACGAAAUAGCAGCUAACAACAACCUGCUUGAAGCAAUAUUUUUAUAGAUACCAAAGAAGAAUACGCUCUAUUACUACUUCC